AUGAAGUCGGACGGGACUUCGAGGUCCUCGGGGUCCUUGUCGUCCUCGUCGUCGUCCUGUGUGGAUCGGAUCGGCCAUUGGGUGGACGCCCACGCUCGCGGUCUGUCUUACACUUUUUACGCCGUGGGUUUGGGCGGUUUGGCCUUGUGUGGGCGGAGUCUGCAUUUGAGCACGCGAUUUACGGGCGUGGCUCAGAUUCCGGAGGCGUACUUCGCCCAACAACUCCGAUUGACGGGCACCGUCCAAGCCGUCCAAGUUUGGACACCCACAUCACAUUCAGAGAAUUUGGUGUUCUUCGUGGUCCAUCAGCCCAUUUUGUCGUUUUUCCGCCGCCGGACUGGGCACCAUCCGCUACCCGUGAUCUGCGCGGCCUUGAAACUCGAAGCCCAGCCGGAUAUCCAAACCCUCGGCGACAAAGCUCAGACUCUAACCCAAAGUUGGUCGGGCCAGACCAUUCAAUUUCGACUGCUAAAACCCCAGGCACUCUCUGUCAAAGUGGCGGAUGAGUCGACGGAUGCGGUACUGGCGCUAAUUGAACGCAAACCGGGUUUAUUUCGAAGACGGCAGAAUUUAGGUGUCGAAUUAGUGGCCCUAGGUCAUGCGGUCCCGGCCGAAUAUCGCCUCCAUCUACAGGAUAGUCCCUGCUACGACCGAUAUUACCAGGAACUACUACAGGCUGAGGCCGUGGCCUUGAAAAAGAACCGUGGGAUUUGGCUGAACGAAUCCCCUCAAGCCGGCCUUUGGUCUAGAUUUUGGACAGCAGUCCGUCAACGAUUCACCAAGAAAAUCUAG